AUGGGGUCCGGCAUAUGCCCACUCCCUUUUAAGUUAUGGUUAGCGUUUCCCGAAAGGGGAAUUCUGACUUGUUAUGAAGAAGGUGCAGUUCGGGCUUUUAUCCUAGAACGGGUUGCUCCUCGGGAUCUGGACGAAGAGUCCUUUUCCCAGUUGCGCCUAUUCUGGAUAAAUGAUGAAGAAAUGAUGUUGGAGAGACUUUUACAGUCUUAUCUCAAACUCCAUCUUGAAUAUCUUCAUUGGUAUGCCAAGGUAAUCCUUGACUUUUCUAUUUCUUUGGAAGAUCUAAUGAAGCCCCCCAUCGCACCUCGGCGCAUCGUCCGAGUAUCCGAUGAGUCCACCCUGAAAAGGUAUGGGCUCGCGUUCAAAGCAUGGGACUUUGUCCGUAAUCUAAAACCAAUCUUGGCUUUAGAUGCGGGCCCCACUAGAGGUUUUAUACUCUUGUGA